GUCGCCCUCCGAAACCAUCGCGUCGCGACGCGCGUUUCCAGCAGAGAAAACGGAAGUCUCGGGCCGGCGUGAACCUACUUAAAGCGGCUGCCAGAGAGGACCAUGGACGACACAGUCAGUUGAGCUGAUUCCCUUGACCGACCGGAGAGGAGAAGAGAACACGGGAGGUCGGGAAGCCAGUGAUCUGAGGGAGAUGAGCAGGGUGUGCGUCACCGGGGCCGCCGGCUACAUCGCGGCCUGGCUCGUCCGGAAGCUUCUGCAGCGAGGCUGCGUCGUCCACGCCACCUUGAGAUCCCUCCGGGAUGAGAAGAAGACUGGGCUGCUGAGGUCACUCCCCGGCGCGGCGGAGCGGCUGGUGCUGUUCGAGGCGGACAUCUACGACGCCGCCACCUUCGAGCCGGCCAUCCAGGGCUGCGACUUCGUCUUCCUCGUCGCCACCCCGCUGCUGCACGACGCCAGCAGCACCAAGUACAAGAACAUAACGGAAGCGAUCGUGGACGCGACGCGCAUCAUCCUGCAGCAGUGCGAGAGGUCCAAGACGGUGAAGCGUGUCAUCCACACGGCCUCUGUCACGGCCGCCUCGCCGCUCAAGGAGGACGGCGACGGGUACAAGGACGCCAUGAACGAGUCUUGCUGGUCGCCGCUCAACCUCUCCUACGGCUACAGCAACGUCCACCUCGACGCGUACGUGUCGUCCAAGCGGCUGUCGGAGGAGGAGCUGCUGAGGUACAACGAGUCGGAGGGCAGGGCGUUCGAGGUGGUCACCCUCGCGUGCGGGCUCGUCGGCGGCGACACCAUCCAGCCCAUCCUCUGGAGCAGCAUCCCCGUGGUGGUGGCGCCGCUCACCGGCAACGAGAUCCACCACAACUCCCUCAAGUUCAUGCAGGCGCUCUGCGGGUCCGUGCCGCUGGUGCACAUCGACGAUGUCUGCGAGGCGCACCUCUUCUGCAUGGACCAGCCGUCCAUGGCCGGCCGCUUCCUCUGCGCCGUCGGGUACCCCAACAUGGAGGACUACGUCGCCCGUUUCGCCGCCAAGUACCCGGAGCACAAGAUAUUGCUCAAGAAGGUGGCAGGAGAGGGCGUGAGGGUGAAGGGUGAUUCGACCAAGCUUGUGGAUCUGGGAUUCAGGUUCAAGUAUGGUGUGGAGGAGACGCUGGACUGCAGCGUGGAAUGCGCCAAGAGGAUGGGAGAGCUCUGAUGUGUGAUACCGUCGAAAAAAAAACCAUGUACCGUCGGAAAAAAACCCCCAGGGAAAACCAAACUUUGGAUUUGAAUGCGGCAGCCCACACAUUCACGAUAGCCAGCCCACAUGAAUUCGUUGUGGUCUUCUUUUUUACGGUUGUUCAUUGUGUAAUGUGUCCCCUUUGUUAUUAGUUUGUGUCUUCUCGCCAGUUGCAAUGUACUGCCUCCUUUUUUCGUUUAUAAGUCUUAUAUAGGGAUGUAAGUGGCAAAUAAAUAACGUUCGCAAUUCCGUUUA